UUGGUCAGAGCCUUCUACUACUCCACGUCAUGAAUGGUAGUUUAACUAAACGACAACAGACAACGUGAACACGAUAAACAAACGUGAAACAAACUAAAUAUAUGUGAACCAGCUCUUCAAAAGAUCGUGUUCUAGCAGGUCAAAAUGAGCGUUGGUUUCAUCGGAGCGGGUCAGUUGGCGCAUGCGCUGGUGAAGGGCUUCACAGUGGCAGGUGUGAUCGCCACGCACAGGAUAACAGCUAGCUCUCCAGACAAAGACCUGCUGACCGUCGCCGGGCUAAGAAAAAUGGGAGCAUCCUUCACGACUAGCAAUAAAGAGACUGUGGAGAAGAGCGAUGUCCUGUUCCUCGCGGUCAAGCCACACAUCAUUCCCUUCGUUCUGGAUGAGAUCGGGCCAGACAUCGAGGACCGGCAUCUCAUAGUCUCUUGUGCAGCGGGAGUCACGAUCAGCUCCAUAGAGAAGAAACUGCUGCAGUAUCGCCCGGCACCGAAAGUGAUCCGCUGCAUGACGAACACCCCAGUGGUGGUGCGUGAAGGGGCCACGGUGUACGCCACAGGCACCCAUGCAGAGGUGGAGGAUGGGAAGCUCCUGGAGCAGCUGAUGGCCAGCGUGGGAUACUGCACCGAAGUGGAGGAGGACCUGAUCGAUGCCGUCACUGGCCUCAGCGGCAGCGGCCCCGCCUAUGCGUUCCUCGCUGUGGAUGCUCUUGCUGACGGAGGGGUGAAGAUGGGAUUGCCCAGGAGACUGGCUGUGCGACUGGGAGCUCAGGCUCUGCUUGGUGCGGCAAAAAUGCUCCUGGACUCGGAGCAACACCCCGGAGAGUUAAAAGACAACGUGGCUUCACCUGGAGGUGCGACGAUCCAUGCUUUGCAUGUUUUGGAAAGUGGCGGUUUCCGCAGCCUCCUGAUCAACGCUGUGGAGGCGUCAUGCAUUAGAACCAGGGAGCUUCAGUUCUUGGCUGACCAGGAGAAGAUUUCUCCAGCUGCCAUAAAGAAGACCACUCUGGACAAGGUGCUCCAACAGUCGGGUUCGGCAGCAGGUGGCGGGAUCAGGACCGGCCUCAACCUCUUUAACAGCACCAACCCCAAACACAAGAAAACCUGAACCUGGUCACCGCCAUAUCCAGCUCACAGUAAGGAUGAAACCACUUCAAGAAUUGCAGACAAGAUGCUAAGACCAAAAAUGCUAUAAGUUGUUCUCGAAACCUGUGCUGUGUUCAGUAUAUUGUUUUUUGUUUUGUUGUUUUUUUUGUUUUACCUUUUUGGUUUGUAUGGACCAGCUCUAAGAAGUUAGUUUCUCUCGAUAUACACUGUAAAUUAUGCACUGCACUGUAACAUUGUUUUUUAGUUUGCUUAACUUAACUUUUUCAGUUAUCUACAUUUACUCGAAUAUUAAGUAUUUUCAACUUGACAAAAUUAGUUAUGUGAACUUUUAAAGAUUUGUAAAGCUGAAAGUACUUUAUAUAUUCCAAAUACAACUUAACUGAGUCAGUGGAAACGAAUAAAUCUGAAAGUUAAGUUGAGUGAACAAAAACACUUUUACAGUGAACUUUUGCACUGAAAACCUAAAAAAAGUAAAAAAAACUAAACUUAAAAGUUUAAAAACAUAUUUAAUAUGUCGAGUAUAUAGAACUUUAUGAAGUCAGUGCAAAAACGUUAACUCAAAAAGUUAAAUUGGGUGAACAGUAUCAGUAACGUUUUUUUUUUUUUUUACAGUGUGUUUAGAUUUAUUAAACAAUGUCUGAUCUAGUACAAAUAAAUGUCACAUCAUGUUUUUACAAAGGCUUAUCUGGACUGACCUGAAUGAAAUGAAUUAAUGAAUUAAAGUCCUAUCUUUAUCUCUA